UCCAUCUAUUUGCUGGAGCUUAAUUCGCGUUCAGAGCUGUGGUGCUUGUACCCGAUAAUUCAGCUUGCAGGGCUCGGAACAAAGGGAUUUUGGGACAGAGUUCCUGGAAUAGGCUGAUUUCACCCAUCUGCCAAGAUGUCAAAGAGGCCUUCCUUUGCCCCUCCCCCCACCCCUGCCCCCACGACACAAAUGCCCAACACUCCCGGGUUUGUGGGCUACAACCCAUACAGCCACCUGGCCUACAACAACUACAGGCUGGGAGGCAACCCUGGCAGCAACAGUCGGGUAACGAAUUCAUCAGGUAUUGCCAUCCCCAAGCCGCCAAAGCCACCAGACAAGCCUUUGAUGCCAUACAUGCGAUAUAGUAGGAAGGUCUGGGACCAAGUAAAAGCCUCCAAUCCCGAUCUGAAGCUAUGGGAAAUUGGGAAGAUAAUCGGUGGCAUGUGGAGGGACCUCACUGAUGAGGAGAAACAGGAAUAUUUGAAUGACUACGAAGCAGAGAAGAUCGAGUACAACGAGAGCAUGAAGGCGUACCACAACUCUCCGGCGUACCUGGCCUACGUCAACGCCAAGAACCGCGCCGAGGCCGCCCUGGAGGAGGAGAGCCGGCAGCGGCAGUCGCGUCUCGACAAAGGCGAGCCCUACCUCACCAUCCAGCCGGCCGAGGACCCCGACGAUUACGACGACGGCUUUUCCAUGAAGCACUCGGCCGCCGCCCGUUUCCAGCGCAACCACCGGCUGAUCAGCGAGAUCCUGAGCGACAGCGUGGUCCCGGACGUGCGCUCCGUCGUCACCACCGCGCGCAUGCAGGUGCUCAAGCGCCAGGUCCAGUCGCUCAUGGUGCACCAGAGAAAGCUGGAGGCUGAACUGCUGCAGAUUGAAGACCGUCACCAGCUGAAGAAGAGGAAAUUUCUGGAAGCAACCGAGGCAUUCACCAAUGAGCUGAAAAGGCUGUGCUGCAUGAAGGUGGAGGUGGACAUGGAGAAGAUCUCCGCUGAAAUGGCCGCCGCCGAGGAGGCCUCGCGCAAGCGCCUGGCGGAGCGGGAGCGGGAGGUGUCCGAGGAGCCGGAGCAGCCGGCGAGCCCCACCACCUCCUCCUCCUCCUCCUCCGAUAAGACGAAGCCCCCGUGCCCCGGCAAGGCCCCCCCGCUCUCCCAGAGCGACGGCAGCAAGAAAGAAGACGACGAGGAGCCUGCCUCGGACACCAAGCCCGCAGAUACAGCCGAGAAGUCGAAGGCCCCAGAGGAGCCGGAGGCCCCCGCGCCCAGCGAGGAGGCGGCCCAGGAGGACAAGGAGAGCGUGGCCGAGGCCGCCAUGGAGGAGUGCACCAGCGACAGCAACACCGGCUCCGAGACGCCCUGCACCCCCACCGAGGAGACCGCCGCCCUGCACCCCGAGGCCACCUUCGAAGGGUCCUCGGGAGGAGGGCGUCCCGCGCACUGAACAGGCCCUGCACCUCCCCACCCACCUCCGAUCCGUCUUGCCCCCCGAAACUACGGGUGGGGUCCUGCCGAUCCACCGUCCAAUAACCAACCCUCCCUCCCACCCCACCCAGCCAAUCAAAUCUCCUCACAAGAGACUUCAUGCUGGAAAAGGCAUCUCCAAGCUGAGCCGUCACUUGGCCAACCGUCCCAAGUCACUAUUGCACUUCUCUUCACUGAUAUGAGAUGACAAAAAGAACACACAGACACACAAAGAUUACACAUACGCACGCACACACACACACACACACACACACACACACACAAUCUGCAUAUCAGUGUUAACGUUGUUCUGUUGUCUAUUUGUUUUUUAAAUCAUGGACUGGCUCUUUUUUUUGCGCAAAUGACUCCACACAUAUGACCUCUUUUGGCCGUAGUCAAGAGCUCUGCUCUUCAUUAGCUUUUGGUCUGCACAGUGUUGAGUGCUGUUUUUAAUAGGAAUGGCUGAAGUGAUAUUGCAUGGGGUUAUGUCCCAGUUUGACUGGAAUAAUGUUACUCUGUUAUUAGCAUUAUUGUUUGUUUUCUCCUUUUUAAAUGUGUGCAGUUGUGUUUUUGUAGGUCAUUGUUGUGCUGUUGCAGUGUACAGCUAUUGUAUUGCACACGCAGAGUAACAGCUACCCCCCCCCCCCCCCCACACACACACAGUGUUAGUGUUAUUUUCAUGCUGUGUUCACAUGUGGGACGUAUGGUGUUAUUACUGUGGCUGUCGUCACAGUAACAGCUGUGGUGAUUAUCACCUGUUGACCUGUCACUUCUUGGAAAGCAGGUUGGGUUGGUGUGGUGGGUAGGCCUACAGUGUUCAGUAAACGGUCACAUUAUAUGCACGCAAAUGCGACUGAGCCUCAAGAGACAAAGACAAGAUGGUGGCAGGGUAGUGAGAGAGCACUGAGGCUUCCUGCUGCAAGGCUUUUGCAAAACAUGAAGACAAACAACAUCAAAGGAUAUACGUGCUUAUUCGGUGGCCUUGCCCGACAAGGGAUUUUGCUUAUUGAAUUCAGCUGAGACACUUCCGCGCUUACUCCUUUCUUGUUUUAACCCCCCACCCCCCAUUCUUUCUUGUUUUCUUUUUUUCCCCCUUCUGUUUUGCAAAAAGCAGAAAGAAACAAGGGGAGAGUUUAUAAUGGCCCUUAAUCUUGGAAUGUGUUGUUGUAUUAUGCUCUUUGUAUCAGUAUUAUGUGUUGCUGUUGUCUCAGGAGUUUGUACUUAGUCUCGGUGUGUUAUUUAUGAUUGCUUUAGCUACACUAGGUUCAGGUUGCUUCCCCCGCAGUAGAUUUUAGUGUCCGUGCUAGUUGUGUAGGUGCCGUGUCGUGCCGUAGCGAUGUGCUAGGAGGAGCUAGCUCAGUGCUGUGGAUGGUGCUAGCUCAGGCGAUCUCAAUCAAGCUUUCUGGCGUCUCUCCCACCCCCUUGACCUGACCCUGCCCAAAGGCACUCACAAGCGAGGUAGCAUUCAUCAGUAGCAUUCACGAUUAGCAGCUAGCAGAUGGGAUGGGGUUCGAUCUGAUGACUUACGAGCAGGGUUGAGUACCGCCUGGGCCAAGCCGGGCCCCGUUGCGUUCUUUAGCAAUGAGUGCAGCACGCUGAGGUACAGAUAGCCUAGUUAGCUGCAAUGCUACAAAUUGUUUUGUGCGCGUUGGUGUGCUUAACAUGUGUGUUGGGUCUCAGCAUUGAAGUCAGGUGACAUUGUUGUCAGUGGUUUUUAUGCGUAUCUUGGCGUUGCUCUGCUAAGCUGCUAUCAGGUGACGCACAGUUACACAAAACAGUGUUAAAAUGCUGUGCUUGUGUUCAGCGCUAAUGCGAAAUCGUGUGUAGUAGCUAGCUGUUAAGGUCAUGCUUAGUGGUGUUUAGCCUUCUUCAGCGUUAGCAGUGUAGCAACAUCUCUUAGCAUCACUCUAAACUAGCCUGGUUAGCUACUUUUAGUGUUAGCCUGUCCUGAGCGGUUCUUUUAAAAGAUUUAUCAUGAUCACAAGAAGUUCAUCCUAUCAGCCUGGUUACACAGGAUCAUCUCAUGACAAAGCCAUUUGGAAAGCUGUGUGAAUAAUGGAUUUUGCAACAUGAUUUCCUUUUUCAUAUUUAUACUGUGCCAAUAAACUUUUGUACACCGAAAAUAAAUAAAUGAUAAUAAAAAAAAAAAAACAUUGUA